UUAGUCAGACAAUACACUUAUCCUUAUUUACAGACAAAUCCAUAUAAAACCCAACAUUCCAUACCUUGUCAAGCUUCUUUUUUUUUUUCCCAUUCGUUGUGACCACUCACUUUACACCUUGCCGUCUGAAAGGGUCUUUUUUUGAAUUUUCUUUGAUUUCUUCGCUCUCCCAUUUCGCGUCCUUCUAGACAGAGAAGAGGGGAGAAAAGGAACAGGAGAAGAAGGUGAAAGGAAGAAGCUGCUAAAAGGGUCUUUUCUUCCUUGCAUUCUUGUUUUUUACUUCCACAGUUUUUUUUCCCUUCUCCAAUUUCUUUUGAUUCAAAUUUCUAAUACGGCGAUCUUAUUUAUUGUCGAUUGUCGUUUCGUUGAGAUUUCUUGUCGCGUUGUCAAUCAUGUUCUAACUGUUCCCUUUUUAGUUUUUCUUUUUUUGAUCUCUUUUUGUCAGGAAGAUUUUAAAACUGUGUUUUCGUUUUCCCAUGAAUGCAUCAUUCCGUGCCAUGUUUUGCUGAGAAUUUCUCAUCCAGUUUUUUCUCUCGCUCAUUGGCCUAAGCGAUUCUACCAGCUUUUUUAUUUGUAUUUCUUUCUUAAUCUCUGAAAUGCAGGCACAAAAAUCCCAGUUCCCUCAUAUUUCGCUAUUUGUUUAAGAUUUUUUGUUGUCUUGAAUCCCGGAAUCUCUAACAAAUCCAUUACAUUGCCAGCUCAUUUAAGAAUGUUCUUCGACUCCAUCCCCGAAUCCCUUCACAUGAACGCUUUUAUAUAAAGUUGUGAUUUUUUUAUUCUUUAGUCCCGUUGUCUUGAUUUCUGUUGUUGUGGGGGGUUUUCCUUCUGCCUUUUCUGAUAAUGGGUUGUGCGUCGUCGAAGCAAAAAGUAUGCCGGAAUUGCCAGGCACCUUGUUCUCCGGUGCGGCGGAGUUACUCAAUGAGCGUUCACCACCCUCGUUCAAGAACAGGGGACAGCUAUCAUCUGGUGUCUCUCACUUCAUCCACAUUGGGUUCUUUGAAGCUUGAUCCGUUGAUUCAGCCUCAUCUUGUGGAAGAUAAAGACGAGGGCGAGGCUCCAUUGAAUCAGUAUCAGACUGUUGUAGAGGAGAAGGCCUCAUUGGGAAAUGAGGAGAUUGUUGGGGCAAAGUCAGCUAAAGAGGAAUUUGAAAUGGGGAUGAUUGAGGCCAAGACCUGGUCCAAGAUGAUCAAUGAGAAAAUCCCAAAAGUUCUCCCUAGAACACCGAUAAGAACCCCUCCGGGAGAACCGGAGACGAUCAAUGCUUGGGAGAUGAUGGAGGGUCUUGAAGAUAUUAGUCCACUUAGGCCUGUUAAUCAUUUCCGUAGCUUUUCCUUUCAUGUGCCUAGCCAUUCGAGUUUAUCUUCGAUUGAUGAUCAACCAACCCCAAGAGUGAAAGAAAAUGGCGACGCAUCGCCUAAGCCAGCAUGGUUAGACUUGGCUGAUAGUGAUUCAAAUUCGAAUUCGAAUGAUACAUCUAUAGUAUCCGAAUUUGAUCCUGAGGUUAUAGCUACAUUCAGAAGAGCGCUCGAGGACCUUCCACCAACCAAUCCUUUUCACCUCAAGCCAGUGGAUGGUGAAAAUGAGCAGCCGGCCAAGGAUUCUGCAUUGGAGUUAACGGACGGGAAAGAUGUGACCGGUGGUACAGACAAGAUUGCACCACGUCUUACAGACAAGUUAGUUGUGUAUUUUACUAGUCUAAGAGGGGUUAGGAAGACAUACGAGGAUUGCUGCCAUGUCCGAGUGAUUUUAAAGGGAUUGGGAGUUAAGGUUGAUGAGAGGGACGUAUCAAUGCACGCGGGAUUCAAGGAGGAAUUAAAGGAACUACUUGGUGAGGGGUUUGGUGGUGGUAGCUUGCCAAGAGUGUUUCUUGGGAAGAAAUGUAUUGGUGGGGCUGAUGAGAUACGGCGGUUGAACGAAGAGGGUAAGCUUGAGAAGCUGGUCGAAAGUUGUGAAUUGGUUGAUGAUGCUGGUGGAGGUGGAAACGGUAACGUUUGUGAAGCAUGCGGAGAUAUUAGAUUCGUGCCUUGUGAGACAUGUUCAGGAAGUUGCAAAAUCUACUACGAGGGAGAUUACGACGAAGAAGAAUUAGAUGAAAGUGAUCAUGAAUAUGGUUUUCAUAGAUGCCCUGAUUGCAAUGAAAACGGACUUAUACGGUGUCCUGUUUGUUGUGGCUGAGUUCUAAACCACGAGCUGGAAUUUUUCCCGGUUUUGAUUCUUGGUUUUCCUUUUGUGAGUUGUUUGUUGUACAGUGAGCAGUUUUGAUAGUUUGCCAUCCAGAUUUGCAGAAGAAAUCCAAUCAAUUGCAGAUGCUCUAUUGGUGAGUUCUUCAGGUCCAGUCUGUUGUUGAAACCUUAGUGUAAUACUUUCUUCAUACCGUAUUUUUCCAGGUAAUAUGAGAAGCAUGUAUACUUGUUUUCUCUCAGGAAAAACUUUUCCUACUUAGCUUUUUGAUGGGUGUAAUGUAUAUUGUUCUGAUACUGAUACUUAUUUUAUAGACCUCUGAAUUGGGAAAAAUACCAACUUUUGUAUAGAAUGAAAACAUAGAGCAGCAGUUUUUAUGUAA